AUGUCUUCAGAAGUGUUAAAGAUUUGUGAUCCAUGGCAAUAUCAUAGUAACUUUUUGAAUGAAUCAGUAUAUCCAAAUGGUCGUUCAGUUGAAUCUUUUCGUCCAAUAUCGCUUCAAAUGGGUGUAAAAGUAUCUGCUGCUGGAUCAAGUUUGGCUCGUCAAGGAAGCGCGACAGUUACUUGCAUUAUUGAACCAUUUUUGGGUGUAACCUCCGAUUCACCAUCGAUCAUUCCUCAUCUACGAGCAGUAGCUACUAUUUCCCAGACGGUGGUGGGAGAAGCUGAAGUUAUGACCCAUCAACUCAUUGAUCAAAAUGCGUUCUGCACAAAAGAUUCUCUAAAAACUGCAAACGGAAGGCUAACAUGGAUUUUACAUUUGCAUAUUAUGAUUUUGGAUACUGAUGGAGCAGUAUUUGAUGCACUUGUAACAAGUAUUAUCGGUGCAUUGUAUAAUCUUCGACUCCCUUAUGUAACUUCGACUUGUGAUCCGGAUAUUCCUAUCAAUAUUAAUGAAAUUAAAUUAGGUGAAGAGCUGUUUCCCGUUGAAUUAUCGAAUAUCCCCGUUUCUUGUACAUUUAUUGUUUAUGAAGAAAAGGACAAAGAGGCGAAAAUUCUGUGCGAUCCCAUAUCAGAACUUUUUGAAUUGCUGCCAAAUAUUGUAACAGUUGUUGUUGGGAAUAAUGGCGUUUUAUUUCGAAUAGCACAAAAUGGUACUUGUGGAAAUGUUAAAACAAUUCAGAGGAUGGUUGAGAUUGCAACUGGUCGACAGAAAAUUAUUGCUAAUUCAAUGAUGGAAGCGAAAAAGCAGUCGCUUAACUCUUCUCGAAAAUGA